GGCCCAUGGUUUACAAGGGUUUGUACCAUCUAUUUUACCAAUACAAUCCAUGGGGAUCAACAUGGGGCAACAUUAUUUGGGCUCAUUCAGUCUCUAAUGACCUAAUCAAUUGGGAGGCUCUUGAACCCGCAAUCUACAUGUCCGAUCCAUUUGAUAUAAAAGGAGCUUGGUCCGGAUCAGCUACUAUCCUACCCGGUGACCGACCCGUUCUACUCUAUACCGGGGAUACUGCCACCCAUGAACAAGUCCAAAAUAUUGCCAUACCCGCCAAUUUAUCCGACCCAUACCUCCGAAAAUGGAUCAAACCAGAUUACAACCCGAUCAUUACCCCAAGCUCCGACAUGAACGUAUCCAGCUUUCGGGACCCGACUACCGCAUGGUGGGCCCAUGGGCAUUGGAAAAUUUUAGUGGGUGGUAGAAGAAAGCUUAGAGGCAUGGCAUAUUUGUAUAGGAGUAAAGAUUUUAAGACAUGGAUUAAGGCUAAACAUCCAUUACAUUCGGCCCGAAAUACGGGUAUGUGGGAAUGCCCGGAUUUUUUCCCGGUUUCGACCCGAGGAAAAAAUGGGUUGGAUACUUCACAAAUGAGUCAAAAUGUGAAACAUGUGUUAAAAGUUAGUCUUGAUGUAACAAGGUUUGAGUACUAUACUAUUGGAAGAUAUGACCCGAAUAAAGAUAGGUAUUACCCUGAUAAAGGUUCAGUUGAUGGUUGGAGCGGAUUAAGAUAUGAUUAUGGUAAUUUUUAUGCGUCAAAAUCAUUUUAUGAUUCUGAAAAGGGCCGUAGGAUUUUGUGGGGUUGGUCUAAUGAGUCUUGGAGCCCAGCUGUUUCUGCUAAAAAUGGAUGGGCCGGAAUACAGGCAAUACCAAGGUCACUAUGGCUAGAUCCAAGUGGGGUCCAAUUACGACAAUGGCCUGUUGAAGAAGUGGAAAAACUUAGGGCUAAAAAGGUUGAGCUUAACAACCAUAAGCUUCAGCCAGGAACUCAUUUCGAAAUCAAAGGAAUAACUUCAGCUCAGGCUGACAUAGAAAUAAUGUUUAAGAUCCCAAGUUUAAGAAAAGCAGAAGCAUUUAAUCCGAAGUGGGUAAAUCCUGAGGAUGUAUGUGCCCAAAAGGGCACAAUUGUUCGAGGUGGUGUUGGACCUUUUGGGAUAUUGGCAUUAACUUCCCAAAAUUUUGAAGAAUAUACUCCUGUAUUUUUCUCUAUUUUCAAGUCUCAUAACAAUAACCACACUGUCCUUAUGUGUUCUGGGGGUGCUUCUAGCUCUUUGACAGUAAAAGAACUCUACAAACCAAUCUUUGGUGGGUUCGUAAAUGUAGAUUUGAAAGCCGAUAAAAAAAUUUCACUUAGAAGUUUGAUAGAUCACUCAGUAGUGGAGAGUUUUGGAGGAGGAGGCAAAACAUGUAUAUUAUCAAGGUCAUAUCCAACCCUAGCAAUCAUGAACAAAGCUCAUUUGCAUGUGUUUAAUAAUGGUUCUGAAGCUGUAAUUGUGGAACAUCUCAAAGCUUGGACCAUGAAAAAGCCCUUCAAAAUGAACAAUUAGUUCACAAAAUUACUCCCUUCUAACACACUGACACUCCAUGACAAUGUUAAACUCUUUCUUAAUUAAUAUUGUGAGUCCAAUUUAUUAAAUAA